AUGUCAUCCCUCUUGGCCUCAAUUACCACAAUCAGCGCUAGGCUGGAUAAGCUAGAAACCCCGCGGAUGACGACAGUCACCUCACCCAUACCAACCCUCACUUCGUCUCUCCUCCCUCACGGUAAUGACACUCCCUUUAACCCUAUACCAAGCACAUCCACCCACAUCAUCACACCUGCACAUUUUGUACCCCCGACAAUACGCAAAGACAUUCUAGAAGGCAAGGACGUAAACCUUGUAUCUCUGCUGAUCGCAUCACAAGAUAUAGUGGAAAACAAGGCAUACUGCUACGGUGAUCUUUCGGUUGUGCUAAAAGCCAGAGAUCCCAGGCUCAACCGGAAACUCACCAUACCUGAAUUCGUCCUUGCCUUCGGCCUCUACCGUGACGUAAUCUGUUCCACAUCCCCGCACCGUAGGGAGGAAUUGGACUUGUACAUGCACAAGUUGGUGGACCUAGGGCAUAAGUAUGGGGGUUUUUCCUUCUAUGAUUAUCAUAAAUCCUUUUCGGCCAAGGCGGCAGCAUCCCUAACUCAAUUUAACACUCAUACCAACUGGAGUAACCUGGAUACAGAACUUUUUUGCCGCCAUUUCGCUGGCCAAAAACCUCCAUCCUGUGCCCUGUGCGCCUCCAUCUCACACUCCACCAACUUGUGCCCAGUCGAGCCUAACCUUCCUACCACUAGUCGUGCUACCUUCGGUUCCGCCACAGCAGAACACAGAGGAUUGAAGGACAAACUGGGUAGACCCAUAGUAUACCUUGGGAAAGCACAGAUCUGCAACAACUUCAAUUCAGGAAGUUGUGGGUUUAGCUCAUGCAGACUGCUGCACGUCUGCUCAAUUUGCUUCAGGGCACAUGCAAAAACUAUGUGCCCCAAUCGUCUGUACCCAAAACAAUGACUAACCGAAGUUAGCAUCGACAACCUGACAUUUUACCUCCAGGCACACCCUUCCCUUCACUUAGUCAACUUCCUCAUUCAAGGUUUCACUGAGGGUUUCCACACGGGUCUAGUCACACUUCCCACAGGUAUUCUCGAAUGUCCCAACUUACAGUCAGCUAUCCUUGACCCAAUCUCCACACAGUCACUGCUCAAGACCGAACUGACUAACGGGUUUAUCAUGGGCCCCUUCGCUCACCCUCCGUUCACCAGCUGGCGUACCAACCCUAUAGGUAUCGCCACUGGGAAGUUCAACAAUAAAAAAAGACUUAUUUACGACUUGUCCGCUCCUCAUUCUUUAGCUACCCCCAGCAUCAAUUCAUUGAUACCUUCAGAAGAGUUUUCCCUGCAAUAUACCUCUGUAGACAAUGCCAUUCAAUCCAUUCUUAGGGCAGGUGCGGGAGCUUGGUUGGGGAAAACCGAUAUUUCCAACGCUUUUAAGCUCUUACCAAUCCACCCAUCCCUGUGGCAUGUGCACGGCAUCAAAUGGGAAAACAAUUACUACUUUGCCACCCGCCUUACCUUCGGAGCAAAAAGUAGCCCGAAAUUAUUCGACAUAUUUGCUGACACACUAUGCUGGCUACUCCUCAAUAUCACUCACUGUCCCGCAGUUCUGCACUACCUGGAUGACUUCCUUACGAUAGAAUCACCUCAAUCCUCACCAGUUAGUCUCCAGAAGACCUUGGCCCUAUUUUCAACAUUGGGGGUUCCACUGUCUCCAUCAAAGACAAUAGGCCCUACCACAAAACUUACGUUCUUGGGUAUUCACCUAGACACCGUCACAUUACAGGCUAGUCUACCACGGGAGAAGGUGCAACAUAUCAUUGAAAUGGUAGAGUAUUUUCUGGUGAAGGACACGUGUACCAGGUCAGACCUACAAUGUUUCAGUCCACGUUUGGGACUUUCAUCAGGAACAUAUUCCUGAUGAAAGUCCCAAACGUGGACUGAAACGUUGAGCAGCUUUUUAAAGAUGGAUUAAUAAAUUUAUAACUUUUAACUACUAUUGGAAUCCGUGAGUGCUGGUCAUCUUCUCUACUGGUAUGUGCAAUCUCCCCAGACUUCAAGCACCCGGUUUAAUUAUUUUGAAGCAAGAGUGCAAGGACAUUGUGGAUUAUUAUAUAUAUAUAGUAAGGCGUAGCCUGGAAUUGUGGGAGGGGUUACCCGGCUAUAAAAGCUCAGGCCCCAGCCAAACCUAUACUGGAAUCGCUGGGUUCAUUCAGAACCUUUGAACUUCCGGUUCAAACUCACCGGCAUAUCGCUCCCACGUGGUCUGCUCCAGUCGAAGUGCCCCCUGCUAACCCAGUUCGGUACAAGCCCGGCAGUCUCCGUGCCCGGCACCAAGCGCUCCAGUCCAGCUUACUGUCGGGGUUCCGGCGAACUCCCAUCCUCCUCAGCCAUACCCACGGCGGUUUUCAGGAGCAGGAAACAUACUUACCUACUCCAGGGUCCCAGAACCGUGAGUCUCAUCCACACCACUCUCAGCCAGACGCCUGGCGUCCAUUCACGCUUUACACACCUGUCACUAAGGACUGUUAUUUAUACUUACCUUACCGCUCCAAGCUUCGUUCGGUACCGCACUCCACAGGCACAUUCUCCCCCUGGCACUUACCCUCCAACGCUGGUCGGUAA